UGAAGACUUCCGGUCAGACUCGUCCUCCAGUGUCUAACUGUCGGUGCUCGAACCCUGCGGCUGCUCCGGGUCCCAGUGUCGGUUCUGUCGGUUCCGACAUGUCGAGGCUCGACGCGCUGCGGCUGAUCGUGGAUCAGCGUCUCUCCGCGGUCACCGACGACAUUUUCCGCUGUUUGUCCAAAACGAUCAGCGAAUACGAGCACGACGUGUUCCGGUUGAAGCAGGAGGUCGAGAGACAGAGGAAGCUGCUGGAGACCGCGGGACGACCGGGGGACACACCGGGGGACACACCGGGGGAACCACCGGGGGACACACCAGCAGGGGUUCUGCUGGUUUCCACCACAGAAGAAGAGCAGCGGAUGAGGAGGCGGAGCUUCAAUCGGCCCAUUAAAGAGGAGAAGGGCGGAGCUUCAGGACCUGAAGUCCGACACAUCAAGUUCAUACCAAGUCCUGAUUGGCUUAGGGGGAGUCAUCUCUCCAAUCAGAUUCAGUCAUACCGGGAGGAGGCGGGGCCUCAGCCUACUGAAGAGCAUCCUGAGGCAAUCACUGUCAAACAGGAAGUGGAUGAGGGUCACGUGACGCUGGAGCAGUUCAACCCCCAGCAGGAAGGUUUUCUGCUCAUUUCCACCACAGAGGAAGAGCAGCAGCCGAGGGGGCGGAGCUUCACUCUGCACAACAAACAGGAGGGGGGUGGAGCUUCAGGUUCUGAGGAGUUCACAUCGAGUCCUGAUUGGCUGAUGGGAAGCAACGAUGACAAGGGAAGUUCUUGGUCCACUCAGAUCUCGUCCCACAUACAGAAGGAGUUUCUCUGGAGCCCGUCAGACCUCAUGAGACCAGAACCUGGGUGUCUACCUCCACACCAUCAUGGGGACUCUGCUGUCCAAUCGCCUGAUGAAGACAGCGGAGACGCUCAGUCUGAACCGGACCUCAGGACACCGGGGACUCCUGUAGAACCGAAGCUGCUGGUCUGCGGCAGCUGUGGUCGAGAGUUCAGCUCAAGAAGAACUUUGAGAAAACAUGUAAGACAAAACACAUCUCAGGACCAGGACCAGAUGUCCUGCAGCCUCCGCAGACAGAGGGUCCCCUUCCAGAGUCCUGCCAAGUCCUUCAGCUGCAGGGUCUGUGGGAACUCCUUCUACACACGGGGGAUUCUGGUGCGGCACGCUGAAAACCACUGCAAGGAGCCCGAGAACCGAUGUGGGGCCUGCGGGGACUGUCUGGAUUCGACGGAGAACCUCAGAGACCACCUGCGGUCCCACAAAGAGCUGGGCAGCACCUGCGACGUGUGUGGGAAGAAGUGCAGCUCCAUGAGGAGGAUGGAGAUCCACAAACGGGUCCACACCGGAGAGAAGCCGUACCGCUGCAAGUUCUGCAGCAGAGACUUCAGCAGGAAGGAGAGUCUGGAGAGACACCUGAAGAUCCACACCGGGGACAGACCGCACCGAUGUGGACUCUGCAGGAGGACGUUCACCAGGAGGGAGUACCUGGUCCACCACCUGAAGACCGGUCACUCAGAGAGAGCAGGACCAUCUGCAGGGACAGAUUGGACUGAGCAGAUCAGUCUGAUGCUGUGAAACUGGACAGAAAACGUGAUGUAGAAACUAGAAAUUCACCGACUAAUGUUUGUAACUGUUACAGUCGAUCAUCUGAGAACAGCUUUGAUAAUAAAUUCAUUUGAUUCAUUUACAGGAA